AGGAAUUUGUGUGAUUUUGGUAAACAGCUGACUGCUCACUUUGCGACUCUCCUCCACUUCUCUCUUCUGCCUUCCCUCAUUUGACUCUCUGCAGCGUGGACCGUGGGUCAAACUGUAUGAACUCACAGCGAUUUGAUAAUCCGCCCUGUAAUGCCUCUGGUAAGCUCGUCCGGAUGGAGGUGGAGGCUGGUACUCAGCACUCUUCUCGUAUGUGCUCUAAUCUUCGAGUUAGAUGCCCAGGAGCAGAGGGGCACACGAAGAACAGCGCCAAAGCAAAGCAAACCCAAACUUGGGAAAGCAACAAAUAAAGGGCCCCGAGCAGCAACGACCAAACCGAAGACCAAAGCUGCUCCUGCCCAGGCGCCGGCUGUCCUCACACAGGUGGUAAACAGAGGGAAGUUCAAGAAGGUGGGAGAGACCCUAAGUGUGCCGACGGGUGGGACUCUGGAGCUGAGGUGCAGGGGAAAACCUGUGCAGUGGGCCGUCCCUCCGUACCUGGAGGAGGAGGACGACGGCAGGCUGAGGAUCGUCCAACAUGAGCGAUAUGGAGCUCUGACGUUGGUCAACAGCACUGGAGCAGACACAGGAGAGUACACCUGUUAUCCCAUGUACUGUGAAGAUACUGACUGCAGGAAGGAGUACAACAAAGCUGUGAAAGUCUUUGUCUUUUUUCCAGACCCGCAAGAACUAUUUGUUCCAUCGUCUGACUACUACGAGGUGAUUCAGCUGAGGACCAACUGGCCGACGGUCCUCCCCUGUCAGGUGACGUCGCCCGAGGCCGAGGUGACCCUGCACCGGGAGUUUCCCCCGGUGGAGGUGGCCGUGGACGGCACGGAGAUCUCCUUCGACGUGAAGAAGGGCUUCACCAUCCACCGGCCGCGGCCCCAUCACGCUGGAGCUCUGUACUGCGUGGCCAGUCUGGGAGCGCUGAGGCAGAGCUCCACCAAGUACAUGCUCAUUUAUGUCAACUACCCCAUGGCUCCUCCUGCGCCAGUCAUCCAGGCUUCAUCGAGCUCAGUAACUGUUGGGGAAAACCUGCGUGUGAGCUGCACAGUGAUGGGAGAGCAGAACGUGGCGAUAGACUUCACCUGGGAGUAUCCAGGACAGCAGAUCGGGAGGCCUCCGUACACUCAGGAGAGCGCCGGUCCCGUCAGUGGAGGAGCGGCUCAGCAGCAGUCUCAGUCGGUUCUCCUGGUGGACGAAGUGAGAGACGUGGACCAGGGAACCUACACCUGCACCGCCCACAACCUACAAGGAGCCAAAUCUGUGUCCGCCACCGUUAAAGUUAUACCAAAAGCCAAAGUUAUCCCAAAAGCCAAACCAAAGAAGCCUUAAGUGGAAAUUAACACCGUAGUUAGCUUCGUGAGAGGAUUUAUUAGUGGGUUGGAACACCAAAGAAAACAUCCUUCUCUUUUUUGCUGCUGUGAAUGAUGAACGAGCACUGCACCGUUACUACUCCAUUUGGUUGUUUAGAUGAUUGAAUGUACAUUGUUUAGUCUUGUAUAAUAAAACUUUU